AAUUACUGCAAAACAUGGUGUUCAAGUGGAUCACCCGAUUUUUUCGCCAUGACCUGCAGUGUGCAUGCAUACUCGAAUCCCGACAAGGACGUGUUCCUCGAUGAUCUCGUUAGCAGGAUGUCCAUUCCCGAACUUGUCUUGCAGCUUCAUCUCAUGUUCGCCGAUAAUGUUGCUGGUCCUAGGUCUGAAAAUGAACUCUAUGACUUCGCUAUGCAAGCGGCACCAACGGCCGGUAUUGGUGUUAUCCACGACUGGUAUCCCACCGAUCCGACAUACUAUAAUAUACUUCAGAAGCUCAAUAGCGACAAGAGCCGUCUUGGACUUCCCUUCAUGCAACUAGGCGAAUGUGUGCAUGGCGUUGGGUCGUUCAAGCAGUCAAUGUUCCCUCAGGCAAUAGGCAUGAGCGCCAGCUUUGACCCAAGCAUGGUAUACCAAGUUGGGAGAGCAAUUGGUUCCGAAGCUCGAUCCAUAGGUAUCCACGCUUGUCUGGCGCCGGUGCUUGAUCUUGGGAAAGAACCGAGAUGGGGCCGAGUGCAGGAAGACUGGGGGGAAGACUCUGUUCUCACAUCCCAUAUGGGCGUCGCAUUCGCUUCUGGACUGUCGAAGAAUGGAUCAUGGAGUGACCCUGAUGCUGUUGUUCCCGUUGUGAAGCACUUCGCCGCACACGGAAGCCCUCAUGGUGGAAUUAACGCUGCUUCUUUCAUGGGUCACGGAAUGCGUCAGGUCAUGAUGGAGAUGCUCGUGCCGUUCAAGGCCGGUUUAGACCUCGGAGGCGCGAGAGGCGUCAUGAUGGCAUAUCACGAACUCGAUGAAGUCCCAGCACAUGUACAUCCAUUACUAUACGAUGCAUUGGAUGAGUGGGGUUUCGAUGGCUUUAUCAUGGCUGAUGAUACAGGAAUGAGAAUGUUGAAUGUGCGACAUACUGUAUCAAAUUCUCCGGCAGAUACGAUACGACAAUGGUUUAACGCGGGCGGAAAUCUACAAUUCUAUGACUAUGACCUGCCGACAUAUCUUAACUGCACUAUCGACCUCAUAGCGAAUGGGACUGUCUCUGAAUCAACCUUACGGUCCCAUGCUCGAAGGAUUCUCGGCGUCAAAUACGACCUCGGACUCUUCGACAAUCCAUACAUCCCCAAUGGCCUCGACUAUCGGACCCUCACAAACGAGCAUGUACCUCUCACCCUCGAUGCUGCUCAUCGUUCCAUUGUUCUCCUCGAAAACAAAAACUCGACGCUCCCCAUCAGACCGGCGGAACAAGGAAUCUCCAAGAUCGCUUUGAUCGGACCUUUCAGCGACAUUCUGAACUAUGGUGACUACUCGGGCUCGUGGGGGGAGUACCCUGUCGCCAAUUCGAGCACUAUCAGGCAGGCGAUGAAGGAGUAUCUUUCUACGAACCACCCAAAUGUCAGCCUCGUCUCGAGCUGGGGUGCCGAUACUUGGAUGUACACCGCCCAGCAUGCCAUCCCAGGAUACCUUCUCUCUUCUAACGGUACUCCUGGUGGAUUGCUCGCGACCUACUACUCCGAUACCAAUUUCACGCACGCAGUCUUCCAAGUGCAGGAGCAGCCGAAUAGGGACUGGGGAAUAUACCCUCCGCUUGGAUUGCCAUCAAACAAUUUCAGUGUGGUCUGGGAAGGCGAGCUCGAGGUACCGGUGGAUGGAAGCGACGUCGAUGGAUACAUCGGUGUCGCGGUCUAUGCGAACAAUACGGGGAGGAUAUACGUCGACGACGUCCUAGUCGCUCAGUCCGAGUUCUCAGGUACCGGGACUGUGAUGGGCAACAUCCAGUCGCUCAACUACGUCCGCGCGAAUGCGACGAGCACUCCACCCGGAGGCGUGGCCUUCACUUGGAGGGCCGGCGCCAGGCAUAAACUGCGGGUCGAGUUUCAGGCGUGGAAUUUGUGGCAAAAGAUCGAGAAUGUGAACUCGAUCAACGCGCAGGUGGAACUGUUUUGGAAUUUGGUGGAUCGGAGGGAUGCUGUGGGCAAGGCUGUAGAUGUUGCGAGGGAGGCAGACGUGGUGGUGUUGGCGGUUGGUGCUAGUUGGAGUAGUGAUGGCGAGAGCGGAGAUAGGGCUACUUUGGGCUUGUCUGUUAAUCAAACUAAGCUGGCCGACGCAAUCUUCGCUUUGGGGAAGCCGGUAGUGCUUGUGCUAGAAGGUGGCAGGCCGUUUGCGAUCCCGGAGUAUUAUAACAAAUGCGCCGCCGCGAUCAAUGCUUUCUUCCCAGGUCAAUCGGGCGGACAGGCUAUUACAGAUGUUCUAUUUGGGGAGUUCAAUCCUGGCGGAAGAAUACCGCUGAGCGUGCCGUACAACGUGGCGCAACUGCCCGUUUACUACAACUACAAAUUUACGGACCAUGCGGUGGCUUAUACGGAUCUGAACCCUUUACCUACGUACUCGUUUGGCUACGGUCUAUCAUACACAACGUUUUCGGUGCACAAUUUCAAUGCCACUUCAACUGGCGGAGUGACGACAUUCACUUCAGGUGAAACAAUAACUUUUCGCGUGGAGGUGACCAACGAAGGGGACGUCGCAGGUUCAUAUGUCGCUCAGGUCUACUUGUUAGUCCGAGUGUCCACCAUCGUGCGCCCGCAGAAGCAGCUUGUUGCAUUUGAGAGAGUUUAUCUUGAUGCGGGGCAGACGAAGGUGGCGAUGAUGGAGCUCGAGGUAGAUAGGUACCUGAGAAUUGUUAAUAGGAGAUAUGAAUGGGAGCUGGAGAGGGGGGAGUAUGUGUUUGCGUUGCUUGAGCAUGGGGGUCCGGAUGCAAAUACUGGGAUAAAUGUAACGAUGCUUUGUUUGGGAUAGCUUGAAAGAACAAAUCAUAUUUCGUAGCACGUCAACAUGUAAAACCGCUAGCUAAUCGUAUCCCCCUGAAGAUAAAGACGGCGGUAAUUCCCCGCCGCAGCUCAC